AGGAGGAUGAGGAAAACUCUGCUGUGGCUGCUGGCCUCUCUGGCCUUCGUCUCCCUGACUUCUCUUGCUGAUGGAGCUCCAUUGGAGGUGAUGUCUGCCCCCAACUUGUUGAGUGUAGGAACAGCAGAAAACAUUUUUGUGGAGUGUCAAGACUGCACAGGUGAAGACAAAAAGGUGGAAAUCCAUGUGAUGAGCCAUCCAACCAAAAACAUAAGGCUGGCAAAUGCAUCUGUGACACUUACCAGUACAAAUGAAUUCCAGGCGCUGGUACAGAUAAUGAUCCCUGCUGGAGACUUCAGUAAGGAUCCCAGCAUUAAGCAGUAUGUGUAUCUGCAAGCUCAGUUCCCUGGCCGACUGCUUGAGAAGGUUGUCCUGGUCUCCUUUCAGUCUGGGUAUAUCUUCAUCCAAACUGACAAGACCAUCUACACCCCCAACAGCAAAGUUCUUUACAGGAUGUUUGCUGUGACACCCCGUAUGGAGCCUGUGGAAAGGGAUGACGCCAACCAAAUGGAUGCGUCUAUUGCCAUUGAGUUUGUGACCCCUGAAGGCAUCAUUUUAGCACGUGAUCCAGUCUCUUUGAAAUCAGGGAUCCACUCUGGAGAUUACCAACUCGCUGAAAUUGUCAGUACCGGACUGUGGAAGAUCCGCACAAAGUUCCACAGCAACCCACAGCAGAGCUUUAGUGCAGAGUUUGAGGUCAAAGAAUAUGUGCUUCCCAGUUUUGAGGUUAAACUGAAUCCUACGAGCCCUUUCUUCUACGUGGACGACCGAGAGCUCACAGUCAACAUUAAAGCCACGUAUUUGUUUGGUCAAGAGGUGAAUGGGAUGGCCUACGUUGUGUUUGGGGUCAUACAUGAUGGUGAAAAGAAGAGCUUUCCAAGUUCUCUUCAGAGAGUGCAGAUUGAGAGAGGUCUUGGAGCUGUCACGCUGAAGAAAGAGCACAUCAAAAACAUUGAAGAACUGGUGACGAAAUCCAUAUUUGUAGCUGUCAGUGUGCUAACGGAGAACGGUGGUGAAAUGGUGGAGGCAGAGUUGAGAAAUAUUCAGAUUGUUAAAUCUCCUUACACCAUCCACUUCAAGAAAACUCCAAAAUAUUUCAAACCAGGAAUGUCCUUCCAAGUUGUGGUCGAAGUUGUGAAUCCUGACAACACUCCGGCAAAAGGUGUUGUUGUUGUGGUUGAACCAGGCACCGUGAAUGGCCUCACCACAGACAAUGGCAUGGCAAGGCUAACCAUCAAUACAGGAGGGUACACACAACUGACGAUCAAUGCAAAGACGAAUGAUCCUCGUAUUUCAUCGACAAGACAAGCAUCAGCCAACAUGACAGUUCUCCCAUAUAUUACCCAAAGCGAAAACUAUAUCCACAUAGGUGUGGUUUCAGCUGAAGUAGAAUUAGGAAAUAACAUGAAAAUCGACCUCAACCUCAAAAGGCAGGAAAGUCAUGACACUGACGUCACAUACCUGAUCAUGAGCAGAGGUCAGCUGGUGCAAAAAGGCCGAUACAACACAAUAGGUCAAGUACUGAUCUCCCUGAUGGUUAUCAUUACCAAAGACAUGCUGCCAUCAUUCCGCAUCAUAGCAUAUUACCACACAAAUGAGAAUGAAGUGGUAUCAGACUCUGUUUGGGUGGAUGUAAAAGACUCCUGCAUGGGUUCGCUGAAGCUGGAACCAUCGAGUCCUGCUCCAUCCUAUGAGCCUCGCAGGAUGUUUGGUCUGAAGGUUACAGGAGACCCAGGGGCCAUAGUGGGACUGGUGGCAGUGGAUAAAGGCAUCUAUGUCCUUAACAACAAGCACCGCCUCACACAGAAAAAGGUGUGGGACAUUGUAGAGAAGUACGACACAGGUUGCACACCAGGUGGAGGGAAGGAUGGUAUGAGUGUGUUCUACGACGCUGGGCUGCUGUUUGAGUCCAACACGGCUUCUGGGACUGCCUACAGACAAGAAUUGAAAUGUCCGGCACCGAGCAGGAGGAAACGAGGGACUACAAUCAUGGAUGUCAGAACCAGCUUACGUAAGAACCAUAACUCUAUAGAAAGCAAUAACCUCAUUUCCUGUUAUCUUCUGUCUGAAAA